CGAGUCUUGACGAUCGACGAUGUUUUUUCGAUCGCAGUCGACCGAUGAAAACGUCUUCGCCGUCGCUGUACGUGCCGAGCCGCGAAGCCGUAAUGGACUUCGGUUCAAAUUCCGGUACCGCAGGAACAUGGAACAAUUUCAUCUUAAUCGUGCGCGAAAUGAAGUGCGGAAACUCCCGGUCAAUUGUAUGGAAACGUCCAAUCACGCUUGUACGUGCUGCAUUUGCGACGACUUAGAAGUCUUCAGGGAUGACGACGGGACAUUGGAAUCGUCCUUCUACAGCCCAAGACGAUGUCAAGAAUUCUUAAGAAAGUUGGAUUUCUGA